CGUAGCAUAGUGGAGAUACUAUGUACACUUUGGUGAAGUAGCUGGAUCCAAUUACUUACUGUUUAAAAUGGGGGAUGAAGCAGCUAAAACUGUGGUGGAACCAGCCUACUUGUGUGAUGAGAAGAAGAAAGAUGGAUUUGUCCAUGUGAUUGUCAGUGCUAAGGAUCUGAAAACCAGCAGGACCUUGAAGGGAAUAAAAAUUAUCAAAAAGGCUGAAAAUGCAGUGGUUGAUGCAACAUUUGAAGAAAGAUCAUUUGAAGUCACAGUGAAAGGAAAGGACAGUGGGAAACUAAAAGGAAAAUGUUACCAGCUUAAAAUCAAGAAGCUGCCAUAUGAAAUAGUGAAGGAAAAAAGUUACAUGGAGGUUGAAGAUGAUAGAGUUAUACUUUACCUGAAUAAACAAGAAAAUAAAUCCUGGUAUCCAGAAUUGGAGUCAGGGCUCGAGACUGAAGAAGAGGAAGGCUAGAUCUGUAGAGGUUCCAGGGAUAUGAUGUAAACAACUCUUCUGUCUUCAGUCAUCUUGUAAUUAUUGGAGAAUUAAGACUCUUUUAAAAUGUGAAUUUACUUGUUAGAACAAAGCUUAUCUUCCACUGCCUUUUUGUGUUCCUUGUUUCUAUAAUCAAGUGAUGAAAGACAAUGUUGUAUAUGUUUUUGGUUUAACCCAUGAAAUUGUUAUGAAUAUGAUAUUAAAUUAACAUUGCUGAUGUUUUUAGUCAAUGUACCAGUAUUUUAUAUUGCAAAGAGGUUAUCUUUACAAACCAUGUUAUAUUUAUGUUUGUUAGUUUUUCCUAAAGAUUGUUGAAAGAUUGCAACAUUCAGUUGUUUUUAUGAGAGAUGCACUUGAAAGAUGGUUUGUAUUUUUUACAUGUACCAAGGAUGCAUUCAUCUGUUUCAGAUGGGUUUCUGUAACAUUUUGCAAUUCAAAUGUUGUACUGCAUACAGGGAAAUUUUCGCUCCUUUUGCCAUCAUCUCAAGCGAGCAAAUUUAAAACGGAACAAUUUAAAGAUAAGAGAGUUACCUCUUUAACAUAAAUGUGUCCGGACAAAUUUAAAGUGGGGCAAAAUCGUUUGCAAGUGUGAAAGGGCAGAGACAACACAGGUUGAAAUUAGCCUUGUAUGCAGUACUUAUAAGUUUGGGGUUUUUUUUGAAGGCUAGAUCUGCAUGUUUUAAUACCAGACUCCACAAAGUAUUAUAUUAUAAAUUGGAAUACUAAGUACAUAUAUAUAAGCUCAGGUCAUUUUUUGAAAAAAGAUUUAAGAAAUUGGUUUGAUAUUUUCCUUUGUUAAAUUGAUAUGAUGUUCUUUUCAAGCAUACAAACACCUUGUAUGAUGAUGUCUGUUACCUUCAAAAGUACAUGUAUGUUAAUGUGUUGACAAGUGCUUGUUGUAAAUUAAUGCUGUAAUAAUUAUGUUUAGAUUUGCACAAGACUACAGCAUUUUUAGCUCAUCUAAAGCCACUCCAGUGAGUUAUUUUUCUUUUGAACAACAAUUUUGAUCUGCAUUAUUCUGUCUGGUUUGAAUUUUAACCUUUUCUUCAAGUUCUUCAAAACAGCCAAACUGAGGGAGGUUUUCAAAUUUUGAGUCAUUAGAUAUACCUUUUCUAAGAGUAGAUUAUUGGGAAAUACAUGUAAGUUCUUUUAAUAUCUUCUUCAGAAUUGCAUGCUGAGGGAUGGUAAAACUAAUACUAACCUUUUCUCUCUAGAUUAUUAAUUAAAGACAUCAUGGAGUCAUGACUGUAAGGGUAAAAUUGAUCAAAUCUUCAGUAUAAAGGAAAAAUCUUUUUAGGUAAAGAAAAGCUUAUUCUCUUUAGAGAAGUGGAUGUAGGCGAAAGCCUGUCCACUUCUCUAAAGAGAAUAAGAAAAGCUGUGAUUGGCUGUCAAAUUAGUAUGCUGUCAUACCCAUGUAAGAUUCAAAUCUCUUCAAAGCAUGGCCCAGAGACCAGCAUGAGGCAAGUUAUAAAUGGUGAUGUUAAAAAUCCUUAGAAUCCAAAGCUACAUGUACAGUGUAUGUACCAUCAUCACUAGCAUGAUAUUGUAGUGUAGGUUCAAGUUUCUUAAUGUUUUCUUAAAUUAGUGGUUCGUUAAUGAGUCUUGUCUCUGUACAUGUGGUUUAUGAGAUUUUCAGUGAGAGCAAGGUUACUUAUGGUAAGUAAGUUGGGUGGCCAAAGGGUAUUCUAUUAUUUUUGAUACUUUUUUUUAAACUUUUGCAAGGAAUAUUUUGAAAUUACAUAUAUUAGAAGUGCAAUAAAGUAUUUAGUAGUUUCAAA